ACAGCGGGCCUGGCUGGACACUUCAAAGGGUGCAGAAGCCAAGCAGCCUUCUUCAGCCUCGCACUGAACCUACGCCGCCGGGGCACUGAGCUUGGGGGUCCGGGGAAGCAGAGGAGCACUGGGGAGAAUCCAGCAGUAGAGGAAGACUCCAGAGACCUUAAACUGGGGGAAGGGGCGCAGCGUCUUGGGGUCGAGCGGAUUUGGCCCAGCGUCAGGAGCACGGCCUCAGCACUACAGCUAAACCUUCGCCUCCCGAGCCCGGGACGCGGCGUCCUCUCGGAGUGGGCUCAGCGGCCCCUGGCACCCCGCCCCUUGCCCGGCGCCACCGGCCCCCUCAGCAGCGUCAAGGAAGGGCUCAGGGUCAAGGACAGCGAUCUGUGGCCAUGGCCGCGGCCGCGGAGCCGGAGGGGGGCGCCCCGGGUGCCCAGGGGCCGCCCGAGGGCCCAGCGCUUCAGGCGGAGACACCUGGCGAGCCCGGGACCGCGGGCCCCGAGACCGAGGGGCGGGAGGCGAGCGAGGGAGCCGGCGGGGCGGCGGCGGCCGCGGUGAAGGAGGAAGGGGGCGGCGGACCCGGUGGACCGCGCGGAUCGCUCGCUGGGGAGCCGGCGCCUGGGGCGGGCAGUGGCCGGGAGGCCGAGGCGCAGGGCGCAGGGGGAGUGCAGGGCGAGGCGGAGGCCGGGGAGGGCGCCCCGGAGGGCGCCGAGGUUCCCCAGGGCGGGGAGCAGGUGGAGGAGGCGAACCCCGGGGGCAGCGCGCAGGGCGAGGUCCCGGGGGAGGCUCAGGGGGAGCCCCGGGACCCUGAGGUCCCCGAGGCGCAGGAGGAGGCGGAGCGCGGGCCGGAGGCGCAGGAAGGCAGCGCUCCUGGGGCGUCGGGGAACAGCCCAGAAGCCGGGGGGCUGGCGGGGGACGGCACAGACACCGAGGGGCCGGCGGGGGACAGCGCCGACGCCGAGGGGCCAGCGGGGGACGGCAUGGAAGCCGAGGGGCCGGUGGGAGGGGCGCCCCGGGUCGAGGGUGAGCCCCAGGACGGAGGGGACCUCAGCCCUCCGCCCCAGGCCGAGGCGAUCGAGGUCGCAGCCUCCGAGAGCGGUGGCCACAGCCCCAGGCAGCUAGCGGUGGGCGAUGCGGUGGACGCGGCUAAGGUGACGGGGCCCUUGGGGACAGAGGGGUCCGAGGAAGAGGCCCUUGGGAACACGAGCUCAGACUCUGGCGAGGACCGGGCCGCAGAUCGGCCCGGGGAGGAGACGGAGGAGGCAGAAGAGAGGCCGGAGCCGGGCCCGGAGGGGCCCAGCGAGGAAGCGGCCGCCGGGGGCGAGGGGGAGCCGCCCCACUGCAGCCCCGAUGAGGAGGCGGCCGCGGAGCCCCAGGCCGAGCUCAGCAACCACCUGGCGGAGGAGGGCAGCGCAGAGGGGGGCGACGAAUCGUCGCGAGUGAACAGCCGCGGGGAGGACGGAGAGGCGUCCCCGGGGCAGGAGCAUGACAUCACCCUCUUCGUCAAGGCUGGGUAUGAUGGUGAAAGUAUCGGAAAUUGCCCAUUUUCUCAGCGUCUCUUUAUGAUUCUCUGGCUCAAGGGUGUUAUAUUUAAUGUGACAACGGUGGACCUGAGAAGGAAACCCGCAGACCUGCAGAACCUGGCCCCCGGAACAAACCCUCCUUUUAUGACUUUUGAUGGUGAAGUUAAGACGGAUGUGAACAAGAUCGAGGAGUUCUUAGAGGAGAAAUUAGCUCCCCCGAGGUACCCUAAGCUGGGGACCCAACACCCUGAAUCUAACUCGGCAGGAAAUGAUGUGUUUGCCAAAUUUUCAGCAUUUAUAAAAAACACCAAGAAGGACGCGAACGAGCUUUAUGAAAAGAACCUGUUAAGGGCCCUGAAGAAGCUGGAUGACUACUUAAACAGCCCUCUGCCUGACGAGAUAGAUGCCUACAGCACCGAGGAUGUCGCUGUUUCCACCAGGAAGUACCUGGACGGAGAUGAGCUCACGCUGGCCGACUGCAACCUCCUACCCAAGCUCCAUAUCAUUAAGAUUGUGGCCAAGAAAUACAGAGAUUUCGAAUUUCCUUCUGAAAUGACUGGCAUCUGGCGAUACUUGAAUAAUGCUUAUGCUAGAGAUGAGUUCACAAACACAUGUCCAGCUGACCAGGAGAUUGAACACGCAUAUUCAGAUGUCGCGAAAAGAAUGAAGUGAA